GGCCCUGGCGGGCGGGCGCAGGCCGGGCGUAUGAGGCAGCCCGUUCCGCCGCCGCCGGCCGCGCUGCGGGAUGUGGCGCUGGAGCUGGGCCCGGCGCUGAACGGCCGCGCCGCCGCCAUGGGGGCGAGCGGGAACGGCGCCGCGCUGCCCGAGCGCCUCCGUCUGCCCGUCUGUUUCCUGGGCGUCUUUGCCUGCUACUUCUACUACGGCAUCCUGCAGGAGAGCAUCACACGGGGCCGGUACGGUGAAGGUGCGAAGCAGGAGAAGUUCAAGUACGCCCUGACCCUGGUGUUCAUCCAGUGCGUGAUCAACGCUGCCUUUGCCAAGCUCUUGAUCCAUUUUUUCGAUGCCGUCAAAGCGGAUCGCACUCGGAGCUGGCUCUACGCCGCUUGCUCGCUCUCCUACCUGGGCGCAAUGGUUUCCAGCAACUCGGCUCUGCAGUUCGUCAGCUACCCAACUCAGGUCCUGGGCAAAUCUUGUAAGCCCAUCCCAGUCAUGCUCUUAGGAGUGACUUUGCUGCGGAAGAAGUAUCCCCCGGCCAAGUAUCUCUGCGUCCUCUUGAUAGUCGCAGGCGUGGCCCUGUUUCUGUACAAACCUAAAAAAGGGGCUGGGAGCGAUGACCACGUCUUUGGCUACGGCGAACUCCUCCUGCUGCUCUCGCUGACCUUGGAUGGGCUGACCGGCGUAUCUCAGGACCACAUGAGAGCUCACUACCAGACCGGUUCCAAUCACAUGAUGCUCAAUGUUAAUCUAUGGUCCACCUUGUUCCUGGGGGCUGGGAUAUUGUUCACUGGAGAGCUCUGGGAGUUCCUGAGCUUUACGGAACGCUACCCCAGCAUCAUUUACAAUAUCCUGCUGUUUGGCCUGACGAGCGCGCUGGGUCAGAGUUUUAUUUUCAUGACUGUGGUGUACUUCGGACCCCUGACUUGUUCCAUCAUCACCACAACGCGCAAGUUCUUCACCAUUUUAGCGUCCGUCAUUCUAUUUGCCAAUCCCAUCAGCACAAUGCAGUGGGUGGGGACGGUCCUGGUGUUCUUGGGCCUUGGACUUGAUGCCAAAUUUGGAAAGGGAGUAAAGAAGACGUCGCAUUGAGGAAAUGGUUGAUCUCUGCAGUUGGAAUGAACUUUUAAUUUAUUGUCUUGUACCUCAAAAUCUGUUAUAAAACUGGACUCAGGAUAGGUAAUCAGAAGGGGAGUGUUUGGAUUUUUUUGUUAUAGUUUUUUAAUUCUAAAUUGUCUUAAAAGUGUAAUACUUUAGUUUUAACUGUAACAAAGCUUUUUUUUUUUUUUCUGUAAUCAAAGCUGCAUUACUAGAUUCUGGCAGCAGGCUGAAUUUCUUGCCUUAACAGGAAAAAAACUUCAUAUCUUUAUUAAAGAAAAAGAAACAAUG